AUGGCAUAUGAAUACAUGUGCUUCCUGUCUUGCAGUAAAAUCAUGUUCACUAUCCUAUUUUUCUUGGUUUGUUUUGGAUUCAGUGAUGGUGCCAAUGUAAGAUCCUCCCAGGGGAGGAAAGGGCAGUGGCAACUGCUACUUAACAGCACUGGUGUGGUUGGUAUGCACAUGGCUUUAACCUACAAAAACACUGUCAUAAUGUUUGAUCAAACAGGAGCUGGCCAAUCUAAUUACCAACUUCACAAACGCUUCAAUGGAAGCAGGUGCACCAGAAGCCACAAUGAUUUGUUGGACUCAACAUGCUAUGCUCACUCUGUUGAGUAUGACAUUAGUGCCAACAAUGUGAGACCUUUGAGGCUUGACACUGACCCUUGGUGUUCCUCAGGUUCAUUCCUAAGCAAUGGAACAGUUUUACAAACAGGUGGGUAUGGCAAUGGUGCCAAAAGGGUCAGACUCUAUAGGCCAUGUGGGAAUCACCAAUGUGAUUGGAUACAAACAAAGAAAAGUCUAUCUGAUGAGAGGUGGUAUGCUUCUAGUCAGAUACUUCCAGAGCAUGACAGGGUGGUGGUUGUUGGAGGAAGAAGAGUUUUCACUUAUGAAUUUGUACCAAAAAUUAGUCCUGGAGAAAAAUCUUUUGACCUUCCAUUCUUGCACCAAACCAAUGACAGGAAUUUAGGAGGGAACAACCUCUAUCCCUUCCUUCACCUUUCAUCAGAUGGCAACUUGUUCAUUUUCGCCAAUCGCGAUUCCAUCCUACUCAACUUGAGACGAAACAAAGUAAUCAAGACCUUCCCCAGGAUUCCAGAAAAAGGGUCAAGAAACUACCCCAGCUCUGGCUCAUCUGUGUUACUUCCAUUGGACCAUAGAGAUAACUUCAGAAAGGUAGAAGUUAUGGUGUGUGGAGGUUCGGCCACUGGAGCAGUUAAAGCAGCUAGUAAACGAAGAUUCUUGGAAGGUUUAAGAUCAUGUGGGAGAAUGGUUAUCACAGGGAACAAUAACAAGUGGGAUAUGGAGUACAUGCCCAAACCACGUCUCCUACAUGACAUGCUGAUUCUCCCUACUGGUAACAUUCUGAUUAUAAAUGGAGCUAAACAUGGGUGUGCAGGAUAUGACAAUGCUAGAAAUGCUUCUCUUGAACCUUAUCUUUAUAGUCCAAACAAAAGACUAGGAAAAAGGUUCACUGUCCUUAGGUCCACCAAGAUAGCCAGAAUGUAUCACUCGUCAGCUACAAUUCUUCAUGAUGGGAGGAUCUUGGUUGCUGGUAGUAACCCUCAUGGGAGGUACACUUUUCACAAUGUGGCAUACCCAACUGAACUCAGACUUCAAGCAUUUGUUCCACACUACAUGGACAAGAGGUACCAUAACUUGAGGCCUAGUAACUUGACUAUAGAAUAUGGUGGUGGCAUUCACCAUGCAAUUGGGUAUGGUAAAGAGUUUAGAGUUAGGUUCUUGUUGAGGAAGAGGCCUAGCAAUGAGGUGGUGUUUAGUGCCUAUGCCCCACCAUUUACCACGCAUUCCUUUGCCAUGAACCAAAGGAUGUUGAAGCUGAGGUGCAAGAGCUUGGUGAGAAGUGGUGGUGGGUGGGUGGUGGCAGUAUUGGAAGCUCCACCAUCACCCCAUGUUGCACCUUCUGGUUAUUACUUGCUCACUGUUGUGAAUGGUGGAAUUCCAAGCAUGUCUCAGUGGGUUCAGUUUGCACACGCCUAG